CUUCUCUCCGCUUCCUUCGUAGCUGGCCAUCUUAGUGAGCCAUAUCUCUUUACAGUUCAGGUGUGAAUGAACAAGCUCCCUGCAUGUAGAUAAGUAACUUAUUGGGAAGCAGGCUGAGGCAGACGUUUCCUUGAGGCUUUAUUUUUCUAUGUACAGGGAUUUUUGUUUUGUUUUGUUUUCCAAAGAGAAGGGUUGUUCAUUUACAAAAUGACUCAGGCCAGUCACAUAAUAGUUAGACUAGGCUUCAUUUUCUGAACUUAAUAUUAAAGGCAGAACCUUUCUAAGUAAAAAGAAAUAAGGAAAAACCAAAGAGUGCCAAGCAAUGCACCUUGGAAAGUUGCCUGGCCCUUUAAAGUUCUAUUCCAGACAGAAGCCACCUCCUGGCUCUGUUGCUAUGUACAUCUCCUUCAUCUUAGCAACCGUAGCUCUCCAUCCUUACUCUUAAAGAGCCCCGUUGCAGUCUCUUUUAAAAAGGUUCCUAUCACUUCUUGGCCUUAUACUCUUGGCUUGGGCAAGCCAAAACCAAAACUGAAGCAGGUGCAAUGGCACCCAAAAAGAAAGCCGGGCGCAAGAAGGAGGAGGCCGCCAAGGAGCCAGAGAUUGAUGAUGAUAUUGUGCCUGAACACAGCCGGGAGUUUUACUUGAUUCAGAUCCGGGAUUUGGAGGGACGAGUAGCCAGGUACCAAAAGAAGUGGGACGAGUUGCAAGUGAGUGAGGAGCUCUUCCAUACAGAAUACGAAAAGAUGGUCAGGGACAACAAGGAGAUUGUGGCCUUUCUGAAGAAGACGCUCAACCAGCGAGUGGACGAGAUCGCAGACCUUACCAUUCAGCUCCAGAAUCUGCAACUGGCCAAGGACACCGAGAAGGAUGCCUUCGAGGCCCAGUUAGCCCAGCUCAGGCAUGAGUUUCAGGAGACCAAGGAUGUCCUGACUUCGGAGAAUAUGACGCUCAGUACCAGGUUAGCUGGUCUGGAGGAAUUUCGGCUCCAGAAAGAUGAGGUCAUGGCCAAAUUUGCUGAACUCGAAGGUCAACUGACAAAACAGAAAGAGGAGCACAAGGCUACUGUUUAUAACAUGGAGAAGAAAGCGGUGAUUGAUAAAGAGAGGCUAAAGAAAGACAUGCUGCACCGUGUAAAUGCCGUGGCGGCCGAGUUCCGAAAAGUCUCCAACAACCAGAUGGCGGAGACCACCAAGCGCACCAUCCGGGAGAAUGUGGCCAUCAGCAUCCAGCUGACCAAGAUCACAGAGCAGAGCCUCCAGCUCAUCCAGGAGAAUGACCGGCUCAAGGAGGUCAACGCAGAAACCCUCAAGCAACUGCAGCUGCUGGAGCAGAAUGAGAAGCUGAUGGCCAAGAACAGCCUCAGUAACCAGAAGAUGAUAUGCAUGCUCACCAAGAAGUGCAAAGAACUGCAGACCCAGGUGGAGGAAUACAUGAACAUGAAGAAGGUCAUGGCCCAAACACAGGAGAGAAAUGAAAUGCUGGAGAAACAGAAUUCGGUGCUCCGAGAGGAGCUGAACACCCUGAAAGCCAACGUAGCGCAAAAAACGUCCGAGCAUCAGGACCAAAAGAAGGCUCUCCAAGAUGAACAGAACCGGAGAAUGUUCACUGAGAGGGUGUUGAGACACAUUGCCCAGGGCCUUAAGGAAGUGCUGGCGCAACAGCCAUCGGAUGAGGACGACGCUGACAGGUUUGACGUGAUAUUCCACGUGCGGCGUAACGAUGCACUCCUAAACAUCCUGAAGCUUUUGAACCAAAGCAUUGCGCGAAUCGAGUCCAUUGAGGUGCUCAGGCCUGCUGGUUUAGAGAGCAAGGUGGUCAGACUGGCGGCUGCAAUAGAGGACAGCAGCCACCCCGAAUGGCACCUCAAGGCUUCCCACCUUAUGUCGCAUUACAAUGUCAUCAAAGUCCCAAAGCCUUAUCCCGUCCACAGCAUGCCUUCCAUGAGCUCUGCUUCUCGGAAUCAGAUCGAUACCCUCCGCCCCUAUGCUAGUGCUACAGAGCCUUUACUGACGGCAUGGAGAGCUCAGAUGUCAGAGGAAGAGGUCGCUCUGCCAAAGGAAGCUGUGAGUGUGGAGCCCAGCCUGUCAGAGACAGGGACCCAGCAGGCUGCAGAGGAACUGCAUGAUGAGUAGAGAAAGCAGAACAAAUCUCCUUUAUUUUGGGGGGUCUUUUGCUGCUCUCCCUCCCUCUGGGGGACAAUGGGAGAUUGCAUGGGCUUGUGGGGACUUUUUAAAAAAUGUACGUAGAAAGGCUUGUGCAAAACUGUUUGAUAAAAGUUACAGAACCAAGGAUCUGUCCGAGUCAGAAAC